ACGGGCCGGCGCUGGGGACCAGGCGCCAGCGUGGGGGCCCUGGAGUUCUUGGGGGAGGGAAGUUGUCGAACGGGAGCUGAGGGAAAAGAGGCAGAGGCUGCCGAGAAGCGGAGAACCCCGCCCCUCCGCCAUUGCGUCCGCUGGGUGCCGCCUCUUCCUUUACAGCCUCUCGCCCUCCCCUGUCUUCCGGCCCUGCAGCAGGGCCCGGCUCGGCCCCGCCGGCCCCCUUGGGAAUAACCGUUGGGCGGUGGCCCAUUUGGGGAGAGGAGAUGCCCGAUCCCCGCUUGGCACUGUGUCCGAAAGAAGCGGGCUAGAAUGGGCUUUAGACUGCUGGGCUGGCAGAAGGCGGCCUCUGGCUCGCGACAGCCCGCGAGGCCUCUGGCCCUGAGGGCCCUUGGUCAGAGCGAUUCCCCCACCCCACAGAGGAUGUUAGUCUUACCCAGACGGUCCAGGGCUCCAAUUCAGCCGACUUCCCUGUAUUUUCAGAGAGGGCCCUCCCUGCCAUACCCUGGCUCAGAAAGAGCACAUCCACCUGGCCAGGGUGAGGCCUGGUGGGAAGACCAUGAGGCUUCAGAAUAAAAAAGUAAAAAAACCUCUUUAACUAUAGCCUUGGGUGUGUCACUUGACCCCAGUGAGCCUCAGUUUCCACAUCCAUAAAAUGGCGAUGGUAAUUAUGCAGACCUCACAGGGUCUAAUGAGAUCUCUAAUGUAAAAGCUAUGGAGAUUUUUAUUACUCACCUCUCUGGGGCAUAUUUAUCUCACGAGAAAAUAAAGUGAAACUACUUGCUGUCUAAGUGUCCUGCCAGUUAAGAGUCUGUGAUUUGACAAACGGGUUGUUGGGAAGUGAGGCUGGCAAUUAGCUGAGAGGGAGAACUCACUGGCUUUAUUUUGUUUUUACUUGGUUUACCUGUAAACUAAGUGUAGGCUACAAGUCUCCUGUGGUCGCUGGGGCUAGAGCUUGACUCUGGAGAAAGGAAAGGAAGAAUGGCAGCCUGGUGAAGAGGCAGAGAAGCUUGCCUUUGAACUGAAUUUUGAUGAGCCAACCGGUGUGGCGUUGGUGGCCCCUCCCUUCCUCCAGGCUUCCUGGUGAUGAAAAGCCUGAAGGAGCUCAGUCCUGGCAGCAACACCCUGUAUUCCUGGUGGUGAGAGGAUGUGGCCCCUGGACCCAUCCCGGAAAGAGGUGCUGAGAUUUGCGGUCAGCUGCCGUGUCCUGACUCUGAUGCUGCAGGCUCUCUUCAAUGCCAUCAUCCCAGAUCACCAUGCAGAAGCCUUCUCUCCUCCUCGCCUCGCCCCCUCGGGCUCUGUGGACCAACUGGUGGAAGGUCUCCUGAGUGGCCUGUCACACUGGGAUGCCGAACACUUCCUCUUCAUUGCCGAGCAUGGCUAUGUGUAUGAGCACAACUUUGCCUUCUUCCCCGGUUUCCCUCUGGCCCUGUGGGUGGGAACAGAACUGCUGAGACCCCUGUGGGGGUUACUGAGCCUGCGGAGUUGCCUGCUAAUCUCAGUAGCAUUGUUCAAUUCCUUGUUCUCUGUCUUGGCUGCCGUUGCACUUCAUGACCUGGGCUGUCUGGUUUUGCACUGUCCCCGCCAGGCUUUUUACGGAGCACUGCUCUUCUGCCUCAGCCCUGCCAAUGUCUUCCUGGCCGCUGGCUACUCAGAAGCUUUGUUUGCCCUCCUGACGUUCAGCGCCAUGGGGCAGCUGGAAAGGCACCGAAGCUGGACUAGUGGACUCCUCUUUGCCCUUGCCACUGGCGUACGCUCCAACGGGCUGGUCAAUGUUGGCUUCCUCGUGCAUUCUCAGUGCCAAGGCUUUUUCUCUUCUCUCAUGGUGCUGAGUCCUCUGAGACCGCUCCUGAAGCUGAUGGGCUCUGUGUUUCUGUCCGUGCUCGCCCUUGGCCUUCCCUUUGCCCUCUUUCAGUAUUAUGCCUAUACGCAGUUCUGUCUACCAGGCUCAGCCCACCCCAUCCCUAAGCCCUUGCUGCAGUUAGCUGUGGACAAGGGCUACCGGAUCGCCGAAGGAAACGAGCCUCCUUGGUGCUCCUGGCAACUUCCCCUAGUAUACAGCUAUAUCCAGGAUAUCUACUGGAAUGUUGGCUUUUUGAGAUACUAUGAACUCAAGCAGGUGCCCAAUUUUCUGCUGGCUGCACCAGUGGCUAUACUGGUUGUCUGGGCAACUUGGACGUAUGUGACCACCCACCCUUGGCUCUGCCUUACACUUGGGAUGCAAAGGAGCAAGAACAGUGAGACCCAAGAGAAGCCUGAGCCCGGAUUUCUCAGCCCUCGGGUGUUUGUAUACCUGGUCCACGCUGCGGGACUGCUGCUGUUCGGUGGCCUGUGCAUGCAUGUUCAGGUUCUUACCAGGUUUUUGGGCUCCUCUACUCCUAUUGUGUACUGGUUUCCAGCUCAUUUGCUCCAGGAUCAAGAGCCACUGCUGAGAUCCCUAGAGACUGUGCCUUGGAAGCCUCUUGCAGGGGACUCCCCCUCAGGACAAAAGGUCCCAAGAAAUCCUAUCAUGGGACUUUUGUACAACUGGAAAACCUGUUCUCUAGUCACACAAUGCAUUCUAGGCUACUUCCUGACUUACUGGCUACUGGGACUACUUCUACAUUGCAACUUCCUGCCUUGGACAUGACCUGGAGUCUCAGGGGACAGACUUGAAGUUGACUGAACCAGGGAUCUGAAAGUACAAGUACACACUGGGACUGCCUGCGCUGCCUUGGGAUCCCUACUUUGUCCAUUAGAACCUCUGUCUCUCUAUUUGAAGAUUGGAUAGGAAUGGGAGCAGUGUGAGCCACCAGAGAGCCCCUCUGGUCCUGGCCAUGGAACAUUUUAGAGUAGUAACUGUUUUUGCAGUAAGUGAUGAAAUCUUAUUCCACAUCUAAAGUAUACCUGGAUCUAGCUCAUCAACCAACCUCAGCAGAGUUAGUCAUACACUUACCACAGACCCACAUGUAAAUUUCAUUGAAGAUGCUAGCUGGCAAUAUAGUUCACUCAUGACGAUGGAGGCCUGCACAAUGUAGUGGCAGUAGUAAGUAAAGUGGGACCUUCUUUUCUAAAUGGGA